AUGUGGAACCACAACACACAUCCCAACCACCACCACAACAACGACAGGUCCUCACACCACUACUCCUACACCCACUACUACAACCUCAACAUCGACAGCUCCACCUACAACAAAAACAACAACUCAGACUCCCAGCCCUAUUCAGCUAUUGGUGAUGUUCAAUUUAAUGGUGAAAGCUGGAAACAUAACCAAUGCACCAACGGAACAUGCGCCAAUGGGAAAGUUAGUUAUGAGCAUGUACAUUGUGAGACUCCGAAGCCUAUAGCAUGUGAAAAUAACUAUCCUCCAAUCCAAGUGUUUGACGAAUCUGGAUGCUGUUUCCACUAUGAGUGUCAAUGUAUCUGCUAUGGUUGGGGAGACCCUCACUAUGUCACCUUUGAUGGAACAUACUAUGGCUUCCAAGGAAAUUGUUCUUACGUCUUGGUCAAAGAAAUCCUGCCAAAGUACAACUUCAGUGUUGUAAUCGACAAUUACUAUUGUGAUGCCCCAGAUGGACUUUCCUGUCCUCAGUCUCUGACAAUUUAUUAUCAAUCUUACAAGAUAUUCAUGACCAAGAAGGACGUUGAUGGAGUUUUCACAAGUCUGAUUUAUGUAAACCAGAAACGCAUCAUCCCAGCAUAUGAGACCAAGGACUUCCGCAUCACAGACAACGGAAUUGAGACCCUUUUAGUCAUACCAGCAAUUAAUGCCAAGGUGUCUUUCACUGGUCUUAUGUUUAGCAUAUACCUGCCCUGGGACAAGUUCAGUGGCAACACUGAGGGACAGUGUGGUACAUGUGACAACAACCGGACAGAUGACUGCCGCUUGCCAAAUGGGACUAUCGAUUCAUCUUGUCCUGACAUGGCACACCAAUGGCAUGUUGCUGACCACAAUAACAGUCAGUGCACACCACCACCACCAGAGCCGAUACCAACACCACCACCAGGCUGUGAUCCACCCAUUUGUCAUCUCAUUCAAAGCAAGGUCUUUGAGAGUUGCCAUAAGAUAAUCCCCUACGAGCCAUUCCUUGUGGCAUGUAUCUUUGAUGCGUGUUAUAUGGAUAAUGUUACCAUUGGCUGCACCAGCUUGCAGACCUAUGCUGAUGCAUACUUCACAUGUGAGAAACCCAAGGUUUAUAAAGCCUGCGGUCCACAAGUUGAACCAACCUGUAAUGCCUGGUACAAUUUCAAAUUCAUCCAGACUCAAAAUGAGUUCAGUGUGAUGGGAGAUAUACAAUUGGAGGGAUGUUAUUGUCCCCCUGGGACCACUCUUAUGAGUUCCAGCUCAAACUACUGUAUCCCCAGCUGUGUGCCAAAGGAUGUCUGUGUGUUUAACAACACUGAAUAUCAGCCUGGUUCCGUCUGGAUACCAUCGGGAGACAAGUGUCUCAAGUAUGAGUGCGUAAAGAUUCAGGACCAACUCAUCCCAAUCGAGGCUAAGACUGUGUGCCCUGUCUUCCAACCAGAAGACUGCGUACCCGGAACUGAAGUCAUUGCUCCAGAUGGUUGCUGCCAUGUCUGUAUUCCAAUAACUAAGCCAUGCAACGUGACAAAGAGCAAAGUGUACCUGGACAGCAAUGGCUGCAAGUCUGCAAACAAGGUGGAAGUGACAACAUGCAGUGGAUCCUGUGUCACCUACGCCAUGUAUUCUCUUGAGGCCAACAUGAUGGAGCGCUCUUGUACCUGCUGUCGGGAAGAAUCCACCACCAAGAAGGAAGUGGAGAUGAUCUGCCCAGACGGUUCAAAGUUCAACCACUCCUACAUCCACAUCAAUAAAUGUGGCUGCCAGAGGACAGAGUGCGUGACCCCGGAGGAAACACAGGUCACAAGGUCACGACGCAGGAGAAGAUGA